CAGCGUGUCAGCAGUGAUUUGAACAUACAUUUAAAUGCGCACAUGGUCAAAUACAUGCGAAGUCAUGGAAUUGUUACAUCUUGCUUCUUAUCCUCUCCUGCGUACCCUCUCUGCUGGCUCUGCCUCUCGGAAAGAGGGAUGACAAUAUCCCAGGCACGGGUACCGUACAUCUUCCCUGAAGCUGGCACAGAUUCCCUCGCGGAUUCUAUUCGGGCCCGACGUACCAAUGGCAUACUGCUCGACCUUGACGGUGUCCUGUAAGCACGCGCUCAGAGUCGGAACUCACUUCCAUUUUACCAUUUCGAAAUAUCAGGCUCAACUCGCGGCCGGUUGCAGCAGGGUGGAACGAUGUGUUUGGUGCCAUACGGGAUAACAAUACCCUACCAGGCGAUAUGCGGGAGUUGCUCAUCCUGCGUACUGCAGCCAUUAAUAACGCAGCAUAUCAGUGGACAGAACACGAAGCCGUCGGACGCGCUGAAGGUCUCACAACAGAACAACUCCUCUUUGUCCGUCUCACUCCGCCCUUCGGUAGUGUCAACUCUUCCACCAUUACACAAUCGCUCGGGCCCCGUCUCGCUGCCGCGAUGAUAUAUGCGGACGAGGUUGCUCUGAAUAUCAGAGUGUCAGAGGAAACAUUCAACAGCCUCCGCGUGUUUCUCAAUGAUACUCAACUCGUGGACGCCGCAGCGACCGCGGGUGGUUAUAAUUGGGUUAGCAGGUUUACUGUGGGGCUGGAUAUCGAUGGAAAGGCAAACGUACCAGUGCCGAUACCCCAGGGUUGAAAUUGUUACGCUGAAGUUUCGAGAAUCAUUAUUUCAUUCAAUCAUAUAUACUGUCGAUCAUUCAUCAUCGUGAUGCUGGUAAGAAUUUACGAUAUCGUAAAAG